AUGCUUCGCUCAUGUACCGCGCCUUUGUACAAUCAUUCGUUGAUCAAUCUGAACUGGCCGUUUGUUCUGCGCGAACUGCACGUAUGUUCUGCUUGCAUACUGUGCUUUGCGCAUGUAGCUCACUCCAAGACGCGAGCAGAACAGGAUCGUGACAACGAUUCGGCCACCACACCAAUAUCCGCCUGUGAACUGGCUCUGAAUACCUAUCUGUUUGCAACCCUACGCACGUCACUUUCUCAACAGGAACGUUUGCACCGAAAAUCGUCCUCUACCGAGCCGAUUGGUUUGUCCGAUAUUGCUGUGCAGCGAAUCUGUCGAGUAAGUGUACAAACUGGAACAGUAUUGAGUCUGGACAUUCUGAUAAUUUGA